CACGUCCAAGGCAUCCUUGCAGACUGUGUGCAUCCCAUCACUGAGGACCAGAAUCAGAUUAAAAUAUUGGGAUUCCUUCUCGCGAAUUCUGACCGUUAGCAAGCAGGAUGGGAGACCAAAAGGUGAUACUUUGUAAUUAUAACAUUGUAUCUCUUUGUAUUCCAGUUCAACUUGUAUUUGGGAUUUCAUGCAUUUAUCCACUGCUGUACUUUUGUCUCAUAGGAAGAGUUAAGGAAAAUUAUCACCACCCUGGCUUUAAAAAAUGAGGAGACUCACAAUUUUAUCUACAGUCUGAAACAGAUGUUAGAGAAUGUGGAGGUAAGGUACCAUCAACCAUCACUAUGUCUGUUACCCCAUUGUACAGCGCUACAGAAUCUGAUGGCGCUAUAUAAAUAAUGUAAUAAUAAUAAUAAUACCCUCCCCAGUGUUCUUUACUGUAAAUUGACCUGAGGUUUCUCAUACAGAAUAAUUCUACUAGAGCCCAGACUGAAUUAGAAGGAGAAUUUCAGUCCCUGUACAGCCUGUUGGAUGAGCUGAAAGAGGGUAUGUUGAUGAAGAUCAAACAGGAGCGUGCGAGCCGGACAUAUGAACUUCAGGUAGAAAAACUGUUUAUCUUCUUCACAUACCUGUAUUUUAUAUAUAGAUAGAUAUUCGUUCAUGUCUGCGUGGGAUCAAGUGGGCGUUCUAUGUCCGAGAUGUGGAUGAUUUGUGAGUGUGGUGCAUGUAUAUUUGUGUGUUUGCAAAUUAUGAAGUGUUUUCAUUCUAUAUGUAAUAGAACAUUGCUUCUUGUAAGAUUUUACAGCAUAAAUUUGUGCAGACAUAAGCAGGACUGUACACCUUUAACAGUGGCAUGAUCAAACCUACUUUGCGUGAAUAAUAGGAAUUAUAUAAUUAAUUAAAGGGACAUUCUAAGCAGCAUAACCACUACAGCCUGUUCUGGUGGUUGCCUGGAUUGUGAUUGUGCCUUCUCAGUGUAAGCAGUCGAGGCGUUUUAAGAAUGGUUUGACAACUUUCCUGACAUCUGCCGGUUGCUUUUUCCCUGGCGCCCAGAAGUUCCUGCAAUAGGAUUCCAUUAAUUCCCCCAGACAUGAGGGCUGGCAAAUUGGCUAAUGGUCUCAGCUGAGCCUUCUCAACCAACUAAGUCUGCCAUGAUCAGUGAUGUAUUUUGGAUUUGUGUUGCCCCAGACAUGACUAGACUCGGGUACCCCCUAAUCUUAAUUUGCCGCACCUCUUCCUGUUUAAAUCAGCAUGCACUUUAUUGACUGACAGAUACACAGUCAUGGGCACACACACUGUUUAACUAACACACACUUUCACUGACACACACACUCACUGACAGGCACACAUUCUCAGAUACACAUACACUGACAUAUACUCACUGACAGACACACACAUUCGCUGAUCUGACACACACAUCUUCACUGAUUUGACACACUCUGAUAGACACACACAUUCACUCAUAGACAGACACAGAUGCACACUGACAGCUACACACUCACUGACAGACACAUGGGCGGGACCACGUAGUGGAGCUGGCGAGGGAGCUGUAAUUUACUUGCUCUGCUCCCUCGUACGCCGCUUAAAGAUGCCGGGAUGGUGUCAUAUUCCAGCUCCCGGCAUCACAGGGAGGGCUCGCCGAGCGCCCCAGAUGGGGCCCUGAAGUGGCCAGCUGGCCAGUUCUUGAGCCCCUCAUGAAACAAGGCUAACAGGGCAUUUGGGGCGGCAUUUCUUGCCACCACAUGGAAAGUGUGCCUUGUUAGCCUCGUGGAAAAUACAGCCAGAGAGAUAGUUUUAAUUGAACAAUCCAAUGCAACCUUUCUUUUUUCUCUUGGUAGACUAUUACAAUUACCUCCAAACAGGACUGUUGAUUCCAAUCCCUUUUCUCUAAUUUAUAACCUUAAUCCCGAACACCUUACCUGUAAAUUCAAAACUUAAUGUCACUCAUUUAGAACUACUGUUCUUGUAUGAAGGUUAAUGGGCAGGAGUAUAAUUAGCAAGUAUCCAAAUAUUUAUCCAUAUAUUAAUUUUCUGACACAUGAAUGAAUGUCACCCAUGUGUACUAUACAAACUAUGCAUAAACCAUUAAUAAUCUACUAAUGAGUCACGGUUCUUAAGUGCAUUUUUGGAAAUGUUGUUCAUAAUAUAAAACAGAAUGAUAUGUAAAAAAGAAAACGUUUUUGAACCCUUUGCGAUUACUAUGAUUUGUGUAUUGAUUACUAUACUAUAAGACAAGGCUAGGGACUAAUGAAAGUAUUUAGAAAAUUGGGCAGACUAGAUGGGCCGAAUGGUUCUUAUCUGCCAUCACAUUCUAUGUUUCUAUGUUCUAAUAAAAAAAAUAAUUCUCUGUCUGUCAUAAUUAUGACACAGGUUGACUGAACUGAUAACACACAAACAGAAUUACUUUUCAAAAUUUUAUUGAAGAUAUUGAGUAGUGUAGUAACUUGUAGAUCCUCCGUUGGAAGCAAUCACCUCCACCAAACAUUUCCUGAUGCUGCUUGUAAGACCUGCACAACACUGAGGAUGGGUUAUGGACCAUACCUUCCUAGAAAUGUGUUUCAGUUCAUCAAUACUCUUGGGUUGUCUUGAUUCCACAGUCCUCUUCAGGUCAUGCCUCCACAUCUCAAAUGGAAUGAGGUCCGGACUCUGACUUAAGGCAGCAAGAAAGAUUUCCAGGCACUCAAAGUGUGAAAUCCGCAGGCAGAUUGUCAGGAAACUGACAGGGAUCCAAUACGCAGAGUGCGCACAGAAGGAGGUACGUAUACCGGACCUUAGAAUGGCCGGACUAACGUAAGGACAAAGCAAGAAUAGUCAAAAGGUAAGCCGAGGUCAAGGGAGCCGGAGGACAGGUAAGCGAGAUACAAGCCGAGUCAAAGGAGAGGAGAGGACAACAGGACAAAAGGCAAGCAAGGGUCAAAACCGGAAACACUAGAUAAAGAACGCGCUGAGUGACUAGCAAGCUAGAACCACGACAGGGCAAUGAGCAGUAGUAAAGGUUUCCUUUAAAUACCCUGUUACCUAAAUAGAGACCACGCCCCCAAAAGGUCCGGAAUAGCGGUUCCCGGCACUUUAUGCAAAUGCCGACGUCAUGACGUCGACGCUAGCCGUCGCGUCAUAAAAGGGGGAGGAGCUAGCGCGGCCGGCGCGAAAACGGCCGGAAUAUGCCGAAAUGCUAGGGGAAGGGAGCCCCUAAGCAGAGAGGAUGUCCUCCCUGGAUACAUCACCAACAGGUACCCUGACAGUACCCCCCCUUCUAGAAACGCCCACCGGGCGGAUGGGACCUGGCUUAGAAGGAAAACGAACGUGGAAGGCCCGUAGAAGACGAGGAGCAUGCACGUCUAUACCAGGAACCCAAGACCUCUCUUCUGGACCAUAACCUUUCCAGUCUAUGAGGUAUUGCAGCUUCCCCCUAGAAAUACGAGAAUCAAGGAUGGACUUGAUGAUAUAUUCCUCCUGACCAUCCACACGGACCGAGGAUGGAGGAGCAGAGCGGGAGGAAAAUCUGUUACAAACAAGAGGUUUCAAUAAAGACACAUGAAAAGAGUUAGGGAUGCGUAGAGUAGGAGGUAGAUCCAGCAAAUAAGAAACCGGGUUGAUCCUCCUCAGUACCCUGUAAGGACCAAUGUAACGAGGAGCAAACUUCAAGGAAGGAACUUUCAGGCGAAUGUGUCUGGUACACAACCAGACCCUAUCCCCCGGAGAAAAAAUAGGAGCAGGACGUCUACGCCUAUCAGCAUGUGACUUAAACACCGCGGAACUACGUUCAAGAAUUUGUCGAGUCUGAUCCCACAACUUUCUCAGGUUGGCUAUAUGAAUAUCAACCGACGGUAUACCCUGGGAAGGAGACACCGACGGAAGAACAGUAGGGUUAAAGCCAUAGUUCAAGAAAAAGGGGCUAUUAUGAGUGGAACCACAAACAAGGUUGUUGUGAGCAAACUCCGCCCAAGGAAUCAGACCGACCCAGUCAUCCUGGUGUUCAGAAACAAAACAACGUAGAUAUUGCUCAAUUUUUUGGUUAGUGCGUUCGGCUGCUCCGUUAGAUUGAGGAUGAUAGGCCGAAGAAAAAUUCAGUUUGAUGCCCAACUGUGAACAGAAGGAUCUCCAAAAACGGGAAAUAAAUUGGGAACCCCUGUCUGACACAAUCUCAUUGGGAAUACCAUGUAAACGGAAAAUUUCUCUAGCAAAUAUCACGGCCAGUUCGGGGGAGGACGGAAGUUUAGGCAAGGGAACGAAAUGAGCCAUUUUAGUAAACCUGUCAAGGACCGUGAGUAUAACUGUAUGCCUAUUGGAAGCUGGUAGAUCAACAAUAAAAUCCAUAGCCAAGCAAGCCCAAGGUUUGUUGGGAACGACUAAGGGCUGCAAUAAACCACAAGGGAGAUCCCGCGGAAGUUUAUUCCUGACACAAACAUUGCAAGCCUUGACAAAGUCUUCCACAUCCCUACGUAAACCGGGCCACCAGAAGUCUUUUGAGAUCAGGCAGUAAGUUUUGUGGAUGCCGGGGUGACCAGCGAUCUUGCUAUCGUGGAAACAGCGAAUAAUGUCCACUUGGAAUUUGGGAGACACGAACAAGCGGCCCACAGGAGUACGUUCGGGAGCAAGAGAUUGUUCGUUCUGAAUAUCAGCGAGCAAUGGAGAGUGUAUUUUGACAUUGGUGUUGGCGAUAAUAUUGACUUCAGGAAUAAUAGGGAACAAAGUAUCCUCUGUAGAGGUGGUAGGUUCGUGCUGACGUGACAAAGCGUCUGCCUUAGUGUUCUUAGAACCAGGCCUGUAAGUAAGCACAUAAUUAAAGUGUGUAAGGAACAUAGACCAACGUGCCUGCCUGGCAGAUAAUCUUUUGGCCUCCCCAUAUACGAUAAAUUUUUGUGGUCAGUCAAGAUAGUAACUGGGAGGACGGUGCCCUCUAACAAAUGUCUCCAUUCCUUUAAUGCCAUAAUGAUAGCUAAAAGUUCUCUAUCACCAAUGUCAUAUCUCCUUUCAGUGUGUGACAGUUUCUUGGAAAAAAAACCGCAAGGGUGCAGCGGCUUAUCUAAACUUUGUCUUUGGGAUAACACUGCGCCUAUCCCUGUUUCAGACGCAUCAACUUCAAGUAAAAAGGGUAGAGAGGUAUCAGGAUGAACUAAUACAGGUGCUGAGGCAAAAGACUGUUUGAGCGUUUCAAAAGCAGAUAAAGCCUCAGUAGACCAGGUUUUGGUAUCGGCUCCUUGUUUGGUCAUAUUAGUGAUAGGAGCGAUAACAGAGAUCUGGCCGCAUUACUCUUCCUCCCUGGGGGGUCAAAGGUUCUUCUAAAAGCCGUGACAAACGCAGUGUAGUUGUAGACUAAAGGAUUGUCAUUCUCCCAAAGGGGAUUGGCCCAUCUAAGUGCUUUAUCUAUUAGCAGGGUUAUAAUAAAGCCUACCUUAGCCCUGUCAGUGGGGUAAGCCCGGGGUUGUAGUUCGAAAUGUAUACUUAUCUGGUUUAAAAAACCACGACAAGCAUCAGGCGAACCCCCAUAUCGUAAUGGUGACGUGACAUGGGAAGAUGCGCCUACAGUGGCUACUUCCAAACCAGUACUUAGCGAGUGGCUAGCAGUGGAACGUAUUUCUUCAGACUGGGUACUGGAGCGUGUCAACAAAGUUUGUAACGCUAAAGCCAUUUGGUCCAUUCUAUGGUCCAUGGCCUCAAAUCUGGGGUCAGGAGGACUAGCACCUGCAGGAUCCAUCAUGGCCCUGUCGUAAUGUCAGGAAACUGACAGGGAUCCAAUACGCAGAGUGCGCACAGAAGGAGGUACGUAUACCGGACCUUAGAAUGGCCGGACUAACGUAAGGACAAAGCAAGAAUAGUCAAAAGGUAAGCCGAGGUCAAGGGAGCCGGAGGACAGGUAAGCGAGAUACAAUCCGAGUCAAAGGAGAGGAGAGGACAACAGGACAAAAGGCAAGCAAGGGUCAAAACCGGAAACACUAGAUAAAGAACGCGCUGAGUGACUAGCAAGCUAGAACCACGACAGGGCAAUGAGCAGUAGUAAAGGUUUCCUUUAAAUACCCUGUUACCUAAAUAGAGACCACGCCCCCAAAAGGUCCGGAAUAGCGGUUCCCGGCACUUUAUGCAAAUGCCGACGUCAUGACGUCGACGCUAGCCGUCGCGUCAUAAAAGGGGGAGGAGCUAGCGCGGCCGGCGCGAAAACGGCCGAAAUAUGCCGAAAUGCUAGGGGAAGGGAGCCCCUAAGCAGAGAGGAUGUCCUCCCUGGAUACAUCACCAACAGGUACCCUGACACAGAUUUAUUGAGAACAAGAAAAGACAGGAACGUUUCGACCUACCAGGAGGUCUUUUUCAAGCUUGAGAUCAAAAAAAGACAGCAAUGUUUCGACCUACCAGGAGGUCUUUUUCAAGCUUGAAAAAUACCUCCUGGUAGGUCAAAACAUUGCUGUCUUUUUUUGUUCUCAAUAAAUCUGCCUGCUGCUUUCACACUUUGAGUGCCUGGGAAUCUUUCUUGCUGCCUUAACGUGUUGGGAUUGCUGGUCCUGUUCCGGAGCACCUGUGGCCGCUGGGAGUGAGUGCGGUUCCUGUGAUCAAUUUUGCUAUAUAGGACUCUGACUUAGUCAUUUGAAAACCCGGGUUGUCUUCCAUUUCAGCCAUUCUUUAGUUGAUUUACUUGUGUGCUUUGGGUCAUUGUCUUGUUACAUCAAACAUCUCGUAUGCUUGAGAUCCUAGAAUCCUGCCCUAAAAUUUUCCUGUAAAAUGUCUUGAUACACUUUUUAGAUCAUUGUUCCCUCGAUGAUUGCAACGCAUCCAGACCCUGAGGUGGCAAAGCAGACCCUUAAACCAUGAUGCUCACUCCUCCAUGUUUUACAUUUGGGAUGAGAUUGUGGUGUUGGUGUGCAGUGCCCUGUUUACGCCACAUACAGCGUUGUGCAUUUUUGUCAAUAGUUAAAUUUUUGUCUCACCUGUCUACAGCACAUUUUCCCAGAAGCAUUGUGAGACAUCUAGGUGGUUUUGGACCACGUUGAUAGGUACCGCAAUGUCCUUCCAUAAACCCCAUUCUUUUUCAGUCUUUUCCUAAUGGUGUACAUAUCAACGAAGACACUACUGGGGAGGGUAUCAACAGUCAUUAAUGUUCUCCAUUUGUAGACAUUUUGUCUUCCUGUGAAUUGACAAAACAAAGGUUUUUAAGCAAUGAAUGUCUAUAAUGUGUCUUCUAAGGUCCUGUGAAAGUUGUUGGGGUCUACUCUUGGUUCACUCUGGAGAAGAACAGAUUGUCAGUAACCACCACAGUUCUACAUUGAUACCCUAGGCAGAUGUAUCUAGCAUGUUUGUGCAGCCCAUAAGAUGAAUUUCACAGGAAAAAACAAACUUUCACGUUCUUGCAUUUAGUACGUCUUUGGUUUUGGCACAUUGCAGAGAUAUGAAAUGGAGCUGAUAAUAUUACAAGUGCUCUCUGAACCUACUGAAUUAGUCAAGUUUUAUUUCUUCAUUUGAAGCAAUCCAUGACAAUCUGUGAUCACUGACUUUCUUCUCUUCAUCCAUAGAAUCAGCUGACGGCGUGCAGCAAAGCCCUUGAGAGCUCAGAGGAACUCUUGGAGACUGCUAACCACACACUGGCAGCCUGUGUAACUGAUGGCUUUUCUCAGGUGACUUAUGGAACAUAAUUAUUGUCAAUGGAGAAAAAAAAUAACAAACUGUAGAAUUUCUUCGUACAUUUAUAGUUUAUAGUGAUGUCCUGAACGGUUCGCCACGAACGGUUCGCCGUGGACUCCAGUCAGCAGACACAUUCCAGCCAAUCAGCAGCAGACCCUCCCUCCCAGACCCUCCCACCUCCUGGACAGCAUCCAUUUUACAUUCAUUGUGAAGCUGCAUUCUUAGUGAGCUGUCCAGGAGGUGGGAGGGUCCUGGAUCCCUUAUCUCCUAAAUUUAUCAUACUGACACACCGUGUAGAGGUGCUAAUUGUUAUAGUAUAUAACAAAUUGCUCCAUAUAGUGUUAUUUUAUUAUUGUCAUUUAUAUGGAUGUUGUCAUUUUUUGUGAAAAUGGUGUAUAUUUUCAUAAAUACCAAAAUAUAGAUAGAUGGUGUAUAACAUUUAUAGAUUGACUAUAUAGAAGUCUUGGUUGCCUGUUACUCCCUACGUAGGGAAUGACAGGCAACCAAUUUGAAUGUCACUUUUUCUUGUUUGCUUUGUGUGAUCCACUAUACAUACAUUUAUAAGAUUGCUACAGAAUCAUCGUAUACUGGAGGGGAAAGAGGAGAAUUUAAAGUGGUUAUGCAUUUGUUUUAAAAUUUAAGCACUGUUUUUUUUGUUUUGUUUUUUUAAAUCUUUAUGUUUCUUGGCAGCUUCAAAUACAGAGAAUGCAACUCUUCACAAGUCAAAUCAAAUAUAAAUCGACGUAUUCAACUAAAUUAAGCUCAUCAAUCGCAUUUCUAACAUAAAUGAAUAGAGAACAAAAAAAUGGUGAUGAAACAUUUUAUAUCAUGGGGAGGAAAAAAAGAAAUACAUAAACAUUUUUAAAAAGGGAGGAAAAAGGAGAGAGUUGGGCACGGGAGAAGAGAGCCUGAAUAUCCAUUUAUCCCUAACUAUCCCUAACAGUCUCCCUACUUUAUCCCUCUUCUCUUCCUACUACUAACUCAAAAUAAAACUCACUCAAUAUCUCCCUACUCUGACCCCUAGACAUCCCUACUCUAACCCCUACCCUAACCCUAAUCUAUCCUAAUCUCGUUUAGAGCAUAGUGGGGAAAAGCGGGAGUGAGGGGGGAACGGUAGGAAAUCGAAAGGAGAGAAAGAGAAAAUAUAUAUAUUUAAAAAAGGAAAAAGAGAAAAAAUACAUAAAAAUAUAUACGUCUCUCUCUCUCUCCUCCCCUUCCGAAACCAUCAAAACACAGAAUAAUUUUGCGAGUGCAUUCUCAUCUCCAAUACAUUUCUAAAGCCAGUGUAUUUUAAUCCUACACCAUUUUAUUUACAAUCACAUAAUAACUUAACAGAAGAAUACAAUCUAAAAAAGGAAAAAGAGAAACAACCGAUAAUGGUGUAGAAUUAUAAACACCAUAAAAGCGCUGGAUUAAAAUGCACUCACAGAAUAGUCGUUAAUCGCAGGCAUAUAAAUGAUUAUAGGUGUAAGGAGUUUUUUGUAUUUCUUUUUGUUUUGUUUUUUUGGUAUUAUAUUUGGCUAUUCAGCUGUUUGUUCCCACCAAGAGGCUUCUAUUUCAUUCCUUCUGGUUUGGACUACAUCACUGUUAUAUGCUGAAUUCUACUGAACGUCUUGUGAGUGUAACCUUAAUAAAUUUUAUAUUUUUUAUUUUAUUGGUGCACUAUGUCCGUGUCUCUCUCUUAAAUCCCUCUAAGGACAAAGGAGAAGAGGAUUGAACUCCUUACAUCUAUAAUCAUUUAUAUGCCUGCGUUUAACGACUAUUCUGUGAGUGCAUUUUAAUCCAGCGCUUUUAUGGUGUUUAUAAUUCUACACCAUUAUUGGUUGUUUCUCUUUUUCAUUUUUUAGAUUGUAUUUUUCUGUAUAUUUAUCUAAAAGAGGACCAAGGGAUCUUCUUACAGUCUAUUUUUCCUCAUUAGGGUAAAUCAUAUUUUAUAUAUUUUUUACCACUGGGGUGUGCACGUGUGUUAUAUUUAUAUAUACAUAAUAACUUGAGAAAGAAAGAAAGAAAAAGGGGAAUAGAAAGAGAAGAUAAUACCCCGAUAUCUAAUAACUAUCCCUGCUCAUGCUUACAUUUAAAUUCAAAAAUCCGUUUCCAUUUCCAUCCCAACCUCUGCACUGUUUUUAUCUUUUAUGAUCUGACAUUUCUUUGCAGAGUUUGAAAUUUUAGUAUAGCUGAAAUAUAUGCCAUUAUUGUACAUUACAUUGUGUGCAGUGUGUAUGCGUGUAGCAAAAACUUGUUAAAUCGUACAAUAGUUCUCAAAGUUAUACCAACAUAUUACAUUGCAUUAUCCUGUAGAUCUGGGAUUUUAAGGUACACUUUAGUCACCAGAACAACUACAGCUUAUUGUAUUUGUUCUGGUGAGUAUAAUCAUUCAAAGAAAAUGUAGUAUUUACAUUACAGCCUAGGGACAACUCCACUGAUCAUUCCUCAGAAAGCUACUAGAGGUGCUUCCUGGGACAGUGCUGCACAGUGUGACUGACAUCCCUCUGCAUGGAGACACUGAACUUUCCUUAUAGAGAUGCAGUGAUUAAGUGCAUCUCUAUGAGGAGAUGCUGAUUGGCCUGUGCUGGCUCUGCCCCUGAUCAGCCUCCUUGACAGUCUCAGCAAAUCCAUUGCUUUCCUACGGUAAAGCAUUGUGAUUGGCUUUGAUCAGCUCUUCUGAUGAUGUCAGCCAAGCAGGCAGUUCAGGGGCAGAGCCAGCACCAGCAGACUGGAGUAAAUAUUAGAUUUUACUAUAUUAAGGGGGUGGUGUAGCGGGCAGGGGGGGCUAGAUGGUGUUUUUAACACUAUAGAGUCAGGAAUGCAUGUUUGAAAUUAAAGGAACACUAUAGGUUCAGGAACACAAAUAUAUUUUAUUGACUUUAUAAAGCACUAUAUGCCAGAUAAAGUGGAUCUGUCUGUAAUAUUUAUGUUAAAAAAGGUUAUAUUUAUACACAGAAUAGAAGAAUGAUCUAUUAUCUACAAAUCUGAGCCUGUUGAUAGGGAAGCAGAAGGGUUGGGUUAAUCUUUCUUUACAUUCCUAAAAUCUUGGUUUGUUUGAAAUUAAUCUAAGCACCAUAACUACUACAGCUUUUUUUUUUAAUAUAGACCCUACAUGUUCUGUUUUUUUGUGAUUUUUUUUCUACACUUUGAUGGAUUUGGUUCGGAUAAUAGAUAAGUAGACAUUUCAGCCUUUGGUUGUUUGUUUUUUUGUUUGGUUUUGUUUUAAGAGUCAAACCAUCCAGAGGGAGGGCAUGGCCAAAAAUCUGUAGUGGUUAUAGUGCCUAGAGUUUCCCUUUAACUACCAUAACUGAUACCCAGGCAUUAAAAGUGGCUUUUGCUGAACUGUGUAUGUUAAUCAAGGUUUCUCCUUUCUUGUUUUUUCUCUCUGUGCAAAUUUGCUUCCAAGGCUGCCAAGCAAAUAAAGGAUAGGUACUGUAACUUUCGGCAUUAAUAUAGAUUAGGGAGAGCCAGAAAAGCAUUGUGGCUAAUUCAACUUACCAUGUUAAUUGUUCUAUCAAUCCAUUGCAUUAACCUUCACCUGUGCUGUUAUUUGGUUGUUUUUGUGCUUUUCCUCUGCCCAUUUAUCUUGUUUAUUCACACAUUGCCAUUUUUGUGUCCCAUUGUUAACCGUAUGAGUUCAUAACAUUAGUUUUGACAAAAAUAGUAUGUAUUGUGUUAGACUUGCUAGCUGAUGCACAGAAAAAAUGAGAUAUCACAUCUCCCCGUGUUUUUUGUUUUUAUUUUUCUGGGGAAAAGUGGUACACGUGCUGUAAUCCUGUCAUUCUCCACGUGAACAAUACUUUAACCUAUUUACUACAAACAAAAACAAAUUAGCCUUUACAUGGUGCAAACUACUCCAAAUAACAUACUAUGUGCCAGACUAGUUCUAAGUUAAAUUAUCCUUUUUCUCUGUAUGUCCGCAUUUUCCAGCAAAUCUCUCAGUAAAUAUAUAUAGGUUUUUGUGUACAUCACCUUUUUAGUUUUUAUUUUAUUUACUAUUUUGUACCUACCUCCAUCUAUAUUUUGAAUGCCAUUCACAAUAAAACCUACAGGUAUAUUGACUAUUUUAUGUUAUCCAUUUUUUUCCAAUCAUUCCCACCCUCGUUACCUUAACUUUGUUUUUUCAUUCAUUAUGCACUUCAUGUUCUUCAUCUACAGCAUCACCAUGGCCCCGGCAUUUCGUCUUUCCCUGAAGGCCAAAGUUACUGAUAAUAUGAGUCACUUAAUGGUGGAUUUCACUCAGGAGAGGCGUCUGCUUCAAAAUCUACGUUUCCUUCCCGGUAAUGUUUUCUACGUGUUGUCAAUCCCCAAUGUAUGUGAUUAACUGUUACUCUUUUCGUUGUUGUCAUUUAAAUUCUAAUUCUUUGUCGGAUACUAGAAUUCUGCAGAGGGACUCUCUGGUCUGUCUGUAUGAGACAUUUGCUCGUUGUCCUAGAAAACGUUUUGAAGGUGUAUGGUACUAAAUGUCUUUAUCAGAUUCACACACUUUCUUUUUAGAAUACUUCCACAAAUUAAAGCAGCACUGUCACUGUGUAUCUUAUAAAGAUUGUAAAAACCAAAGAAAAAAAGUUACAUGCGCUCUUCCCAAAUCCCUAUGUAUAUUGAAACAAAUGGAGGUUAUUUAGUUACUACAAUGACCAUUAGAGGGAUGCCCACCUGCCACGUCAAGGCAAACCUCUCAGGUGGGUCCUACACUGACUAUUCACCUUGCUUCCUUCAGCUCCUGGCAAAGAAAUCUCUAAUGAGACAGAGAGGGGUAUUUUUAUAAACCCCUACAUGCUUAUUAAUCCUUAAUAGGGAACGCAUCUUAUAAAGAUAGAAUCUUUAUGAAAUACUUGUAUUGAGUGUGUUGAAAUUUCACUGAAAUUCCAACACAGUAAAUAGAUAUACUGAGACAAAUUAAGUACUGCCUUGUCUCUGUAUAUUUCCUCCGCCUGACACUGAGCAGAACUACCGCCAUAUACAGUUGCAAGAAAAAGUAUGUGAACCCUUUGGAAUGAUAUGGAUUUCUGCACAAAUUGGUCAUAAAAUGUGAUCUGAUCAUCAUCUAAGUCACAACAAUAGACAUAAUCACAGUCUGCUUAAACUAAUAACACACAAAGAAUGAAAUGUUGCCAUGUUUUUAUUGAACACACCAUGUAAACAUUCACAGUGCAGGUGGAAAAAGUAUGUGAACCCUUGGAUUUAAUAACUGGUUGAACCUCCUUUGGCAGCAAUAACUUCAACCAAACGUUUCCUGUAGUUGCAGAUCAUAUGUGCACAAUGGUCAGGAGUAAUUCUUGACCAUUCCUCUUUACAGAACUGUUUCAAUUCAGCAAUAUUCUUGGGAUGUCUGGUGUGAAUCGCUUUCUUGAGGUCAUGCCACAGCAUCUCAAUCGGGUUGAGGUCAGGACUCUGACUGGGCCACUUCAGAAGGCGUAUUUUCUUCUGUUUAAGCCAUUCUGUUGUUGAUUUACUUCUAUGCUUUGGGUCAUUGUCCUGUUGCAACACCCAUCUUCUGUUGAGCUUCAGCUGGUAGAUAGAUGGCCUUAAGUUCUCCUGCAAAAUGUCUUGAUAAACUUGGGAAUUCAUUUUUCCUUCGAUGAUAGCAAUCCGUCCAGGCCCUGUUGCAGCAAAGCAGCCCCAAACCAUGAUGCCCCCACCACCAUACUUCACAGUUGAGAUGGGGUUUUGAUGUUGGUGUGCUGUGCCUUUUUUUCACCACACAUAGUGUUGUGUGUUUCUUCCAAACAACUCAACUUUGGUUUCAUCUGUCCACAGAUGAUUUUGCCAGAAAUGCUGUGGAACAUCCAGGUGCUCUUGUGCAAACUGUAAACAUGCAGCAAUGUUUUGUUUGGACAGCAGUGGCUUCCUCUGUGGUAUCCUCCCAUGAAAUCCAUUCUUGUUUAGUGUUUUACGUAUUGUAGAUUCGCUAACAGGGAUGUUAGCAUUUGCCAGUGACUUUUGUAAGUCUUCAGCUGACACUCUAGGAUUCUUCUUCACCUCAUUGAGCAGUCUGUGCUGUGCUCUUGCAGUCAUCUUUACAGGAUGGCCACUCCUAGGGAGAGUAGCAGCAGUGCUGAACUUUCUCCAUUUAUAGACAAUUUGUCUUACCGUGGACUGAUGAACAGCAAGGCUUUUGGAGAUACUUUUAUAACCCUUUCCAGCUUUAUGCAAGUCAACAAUUCUUAAUCGUAGGUCUUCUGAGAGCUCUUUUGUGCAAGGCAUCAUUCACAUCAGGCAAUGCUUCUUGUGAAAAGCAAACCCAGAACUGGUGUGUUUUUUAUAGGGCAGGGCAGCUGUAACCAACACCUCCAAUCUCAUCUCAUUGAUUGGACUCCAGUUGGCUGACAUCUCACUCCAAUUAGCUCUUGGAGAUGUCAUUAGUCUAGGGGUUCACAUACUUUUUCCACCUGCACUGUGAAUGUUUAUAUGGUGUGUUCAAUAAAAACAUGGCAACAUUUCAUUCUUUGUGUGUUAUUAGUUUAAGCAGACUGUGAUUGUCUAUUGUUGUGACUUAGAUGAUGAUCAGAUCACAUUUUAUGACCAAUUUGUGCAGAAAUCCAUAUCACUCCAAAGGGUUCACAUACUUUUUCUUGCAACUGUAGAAGUGUCAAUCCCCCCAAGCCACCACCAGGGAAUUGACUCUGUGGAGGGUCUUGCAGGAUCUUCCAUAGACCUCAGUGCUGUACUCUUGUGCAUGCAGUGAUGUCUGCUUUUGCUGCUGAAAGACCAGUAGCUGAAGAGGACUGGCCAGAAGAAGAUGUCCAUUUUUUUUUUAUAAACACUGCAUCUUCCAGCUUUAAUCAUCUGUCUUUUCCCAACUCUCCCAUUUACCUUUCACCAUUAUUGUUUUAUCUUCUCAGUGCCCAGCACUCCAGAGAUUGUUGCACCAGAGUGCCUUGUCGCAGAUAACUGCGUUCACUUGGUCUGGAGAAUGCCUGAGGAAGAGGAGUGCGGAAUACAGCAUUACCUUCUAGAAUAUCGUAAAACUAACUUUGCCGGACCGGCCCGUCCUAAGGAGGAACAGCCAUGGAUGGUGGUUGAAGGCAUACAGACAACUGAAUACACACUGUCUUGUGAGCAAAUUAACAAAUGUUAAUGUUUUGGGGUGUGUGAGAGUUAGUCAGGAUUACCUGUCCGUAAAAUUGAGAUUCUAGUGAUAUGAAAUUACAUUUUAGAGAUGAAUAGGUGACAUAAAGACUAUUUUAGAAUUUCUUUGUAUAUAAAAAUUGAAAAAAUAAAUUUAGGGCAGUUUUACAGAACAAAAUGAAUUUUUAAUCUCUGUGACAUUUAUUAUGGUGGCCUUAUUGUAGCCUUUUUUGAAAUCCAACGGGUUUUUCUUACAGGUCAACGAUUCGACAUGAAAUAUAUGAACUUCAGGGUCAAAGCCUGUAACAAAGCUGUGAGUGGGGACUUUUCAGAAGUUGUCACACUGGAAACUCCAGGUAUGCUGGGACAUAGUUUAGGGGGAAAGUUCUUGAUGUUAAACACUGAACAAGGGUAGUUACGGAGGCAAUUGCACAGCUUAAAAUUCCCAACCACCUUCUACGACAGAGAAACUGGAAAGUGAGUUAUGGGAAUUUAUUAUUACCCAGGGGUCGGUGGCCAGAUGUAGCUGCUGGAUAGGAGAGAAGCUGGUGGGGAUUCUGGAAGUCAGAACUGGAGUCUCUGCUAGCGAUGUGAAGAAUAGCCACAUUCUGUUACAGGGAAGCUCAGCUACCAAGGAGUUUAUGUUGGUAUGAUGUUUGACUUACCAUCCAUCUGAGUGAGCUUCUCCAGUAAUGUGCUUGUCUGUAAUUCGCAGCCAGCUCUGUGUGGCCCACACUAGAAAUCAGGAUGAGAACCUUACAUUUUGAUAAACAUAACAAAAUGGGGGUCGGGGGUGAGGGACUCAUAAAAACACCCUCCAAAACUAAAAAAAAAAGAUGAAGUAUAGAGACUUUAUCACUAGGUGAAAAGAAAGGAAUGACGGGGAGAUGAAGAAUUUGAGGAAUUGAGACAGUAUCACUUAAAGGGUCACUCUAGAUGCCUUACGCACUUUAGCUUGCUGACAUGCAUAAUGUGUGAAGAUGCUAUCCUCAUUUACAUCUCCCUUUGCUGUCAAUCAGACAACCAGUCCUGUUACUUCCUGGUUAUUUAGCUCAGUGUAGCUAAACAAGUAGGUGAUUGGACAGCAACAGAAAGUCUGGGCGUGCUAGAAGUGGAGGGCUUGCAAAGGCUAAAAAGGGAUCUGCAGCUUUUGCAAACUGUUUUUAGAUAUACAGACUGCCCUCACUUACCGGCCGGGUUUGUUCUUACGACCCAGUCAUAAAACGAAUUGGGGAAUUCCCCACGAACAUAGACCAGUUAACUAGUGCAUGGAAUCCUAUGAAUCUAUGUUCGGGGAAACUUCGUACAUAGACCAGCUCUCUCUAACGUGUGGAAUCCCUCGAAUAGAGUGGUCGCAAGUGCGAGCUAUCAGAAAACAAGUAGGUCGUUAAGUGAGGACCACCUGUACUUCAAUAAAAAAAAUGCAUGUAUAUUUUCAUUGGGGUAUAUCUACUAAGCACUGUUUUUAAUUUUUUUUAUUUUGGCAUUGGAAUUACCCUAUAAAGAAAAGGAGAGUGUAAAAGGGAGAAAGAGGUUCAGUGAUAUAUCCUUUGCCAGUUGGAGGAAGGUGAUUAAACAUGGGAAGGGCCACACAUACAUACACUUAUGCAUUCGUGUACACGAACCCCUGUUUUAUUGGACAUAUACAGUCACCCUUUAUUCACAAACACACAUAUACAGAAUUCACAAACACACAUAUACAGAAUUCACAAACGUAUUGACUACCCAUGCUAUGGAAAUGUGAAUCGAGAUGUUAGUGUAUUUUGUGUCUAGUAACUUUUAAUUAUGACUGGUAGGUUGUCUUGACAUUGUGAGCCCUGUAUUUGCAUUCAUGUGAAUAAAUAAUAUGAUUUAUUUGGCCUGCACUGUAACAUUUUGUUGUAAGGAGUUUUUUCUCCUAUGGUGUCUGUUUUUCUUCUUUGUUCUCUUUGGCUUCAACCUGUAUUUGUUUGUUUUUCUCUUUGCAAAUUCAAUAUUUGCAUUUUUUACUUUUGUUGUUCUUUUCUACUAUGACACUUUACAUCUCCUAUUACACCCUCUGCUCCCUACCAGCUUUCUGGUUUCGUUUGGAUUCUGGAAGCUCUCAUCAAAACCUAAAAGUUGAGGACGCGAGUGUAGAAUGGGAUGCCUUGGGUGGCAAAGUUCAGGAAGUAAAGAAUCGAGAGAAAGAGGGAAAGGGGAGGAGUGCCUCACCGUGCAAUUCACCUGCCAGGUAAAGUCAUGCAACUUAUUUUUUUAAACUCUUGAAACGUCUGGCAUUUAUCAACAAGCAUUUUCAGCAAUCUAACAGUUUUGUUGUGUCUAUACUAUAACCUGGUAUAGGUGCGUCCAAUCUCCAAAAAGAACAUCAUCUCUCCGCGGAGGCAGAGACCGAUUCACAGCGGAAUCCUACACCGUAUUAGGUAGGCAUUCUGUGUUUUCAAGUGACUAUUCCUCAGUAAGCUGUAUUUUGUGUUUAUCAGGGUGAAUACAGCAGAUGUGGCACAUAGACAUUUACUUCCACUUCACUGUCCCAUGAUGCCUCAGACAUACUCAUGCAGACUUGAGCAUCUAAUUCUAUACCAGCCCUGCGCCGUUGGCAAUUCCACCAUCAGUACCAUACAGCCUGUGUAUAUGGCACUGCAAGCGAAAAAUUCAUUUACGUAAUUUGCCUGGUGUUACAUGUCAAUGUUUGUCAAAUAAUGAAUCUAUUAAACAAAUAAAAAUAUAGAACAUCUAAUUGUAAAAAUCUAUUAAAAACUAGAGCAUCCAUAUAAUGUUUUGUUAGCUAUAUGGCUCUGCUGAAAUUGGAGAACUGACAGUUACUCUUUAAUUCAUGAUAGUUCUGGAUUUAUAACCAUAAUUUUGGUUUUAUUGGCCUUUGUUUUCUCUCUGCAGGUGACUGUUUGAUAGAUGAUGGAGAGUGUUAUUGGGAAGUCCGCUUUGACCUGGACAGUAAGGCCUUUGCAGUGGGAGCGACAUACCGCAAUUUAGGAAAAUUUGACCAGCUGGGAAAGACGUCCGCCUCUUGGUGCCUUCAUCUCAAUAACUGGCUGCAGGUGGCAUUUACCGCUAAACAUGGGAACAAGGCGAAAGUGCUGGAUGUUACAGUUCCAAAUAGGAUCGGGGUGUAUUGCAACUACCAGGAGGGUUAGUGGAAUCAGUCAAUACCUUUCAUUCAGAUCAGUGCCUUUUAACAGGGAGAAGGGGUCACCAGUACAUAAUACAAAUAAAAAUAAAAAUAAGAGCAGGUAGUACAGUAGAUGUGGGUUGAAUGAAGACAAGGUUGAGAUCGUUAUUUGCUUUCUCACAUUUUCUAUUUGUUCUUUUGUUCGUAUAAACUUUUUUCCAUGCUUCUAUUUUUUUGCCACGUAUCCGACUGUCUUUCCUUUGACUUACUCUGCCCAGUGGUUUGUUUCUAACCGGCCAUGCGGUGUAUCUGGCUUUCUAGUGUAUCUCACAAAGGAAGCAUUGCUACAUUCUAGAUCACUAGAUUGACAUUGAAUAGGAUUCCCUCUUUGGUUCCUUAUUUGAAUGUAUCCAUCUAGUGACACUACUCGUCAAUGGGAUUGUCCACCCUCUGGCCUGGAAGUACAGUCUCUUCUCUUCCUCAUUCAGCUCUGUCAGUAAUUCCGUUCCAGAACCCCAAAAAUUGCCUGUCUUCUAGAUAUGUUUAAUGGCAGGAUCACACUUUUUAUUUUGUUAGUGGUGUGGUGUGGUGACAUUUUUUUUUAGGGCAAUUUCAUUGUUUUUCUAUUUUGUUAAUGCCUGUUGCUGCUUCAUGCAGUCAUGAUAGUGCUGUGAUAGGUGCUUAGCAUUCCUACUCCACUUCCAGAAUGGGCUGACCAUCCUGGUUGCCUCCGGCUGUAUGAUAAGAUCUCUCUCUAGAGUUUUUUUGGUUUUUUUUCCAAAACAAUUUCAGUUUUCAAAUCAGAAUUCUCAAGUGGGAACAUUCCUCGCUUUGAAUCCUGUGACCUUGCCACAAUGAAAGAAAGCAUAUGGGCUUUUCAUGUAGAUCUAAAAACGAUUCAACAUACUAAAUUACAUCAGAAUGUUAGGGUAAUUGUACUUAAACAUAAAUCUACAUUAAUCGUUAUCAGUUUUAAGUGCACUGAGUGAUAACUACGCAAAUGUGCAUGUUGUAAAUGCAUAUGUAAUUGCUUUGGUUAUUUCAAUAUAAUUGUUAGUGCGUAAUCUCUUUUGACGUUUGCACAAAGCAUGCACACUGGCCAGAUUCAUCUGAUUGUUUAUCCCUAGUGAACAUUUUGCCCGGUCACUAAAUAGAAAGUGUGAGAGGCAAUCUUCUUGUUAUCAAAUAGUAGUUUAUUGAAGUUCUAUUUCAUACAAAUCAAUGACAAACAAUUGAAUUCAAAUGUCCAACAGAUAAAUCAGUCAUACAUGUAAGAUCAUCAGAAUGUAUGUAGUGUCAUAGAAUUACAUAGGAUGACUGUGUGAGUCAUUAAAAAUAAUCCUCGUUAUUAAUAUGAUUAACACACACUUGUGAAUGUCCCUUAUUACCCCAAUUGGGUCAACAGCAAAAACUGAUGUGAGAAAAGCUGAACUUGAUGGCCGAAAGUCUUUUUUCAGCCCAUGUAACAUUUUGAUAAAAGGAAGCUUUUUUUUUGGUUUUUGACCUCACUGUAUAACAGUUUAUUAAAUUUUUUUUUAUUUUUUUUUUAAGGUAUAUUAUCUUUCUAUAACGCUACCAACAAGCAGUUGCUGCACACCUUUCGGACAAAGUUCACACAACCUCUUCUGCCAGCAUUUAUGGUAUGACACUGCUACUUUUUUUUUUUUUAUUAAUUCAAGGCUUGUAUUUAUUUGUGUUAAUUUUAGCAACCAUUCAUUAGACUUUAAAAUACAUAAUACAAAGAUAUGUCUCCCGUUCUACAAAUACGUUUAGGGGAUUCAAUUUAAAAUACCUUGCUUCCUUCUCAGGUUUGGUGUGGCAAUUUCUCUGUGUAUACUGGACUCCAGGUCCCCAGUUGCGUGAGAAGCCUUCAGAAACGCAACAGCACUACAAGCAGUUCUACAACAAGUCUUUCCUGACUCUCGGUUUUAGACAGUGACCACCCAAAUUGAUCUAGACACCAUCUACUCACUACAUGCUUCUAUCAGUAUUUAUUUAUGCUUUUAAAUACUCUACAGGGGCUUGAAUGUAAUGGACUCCUAUUACGAGACUGUUACUAAUAUUUCCAAUGCAAACACCCUCGAUAUCCUUUUCUUUAUUUCCAUACAGAGCAUAACAGGUGGCGAGUGCUUUCUGCUAACGAUGCAGUUUUUGGCCUUAAAAUAAUUGUUUAAAUGUAAUGUAUCCUCACUAAAGGAACUGUGUGAAAUGACGCGGCUUUCUCACGAUAAAGCACUUUUUCCCCCCUAGAGUUCUGUUGUCAGUAUUUUGUUGCGGAUUAUCACCCACAAUGCACUUCACUUGUUUCUUCUGAAUAAAAAGUGCAUCACUUCCUCACACGCACUGUCUCGAUAUGACUCUGGGACGCCUUUCAUGGGAUAUCAGCCAAUACAGAUUCUAAUAUUUGAUAUUAUAUUAAUCGAAUAGAACAGUUUGGAUGCAACUAGUUUUUGCAUGGUGCAUGCAGAAUUAAAAAGCAUGCGCCCAAAACAUUUAGCAACACUGUGAAGCUCACUAUUUGCCUCAAAUUUGAGAUGAUCAUUCGACCAUUGCUCUUCUCAACUGCAGCUUCCUUUUCAACUCCUCGUCCAGACCUGAGUAGAGUACAGAAACGGUUUGAGAAAACUGAAGCCGACACCAGCAGAGUUAUUCAGUAAAGUGACAAUUGUUGGGAAUUUUUAAUCUAAAGGCCAAAAUAGCUGAAUUAGAAAACAUCUCCAAAUCAGCUAUGCUUCCUGUUUGGCUAUUUGGUAAAUUAAAUACACUUUGAACCCAAGACAAUUCUCACUUUAGUGUAUAACCCUCUUGGGCUGUUCUACACAAUAGAGUUUGAGAAAAAGCUUGAGGUUGAGUGGGUUAAUAGGGUGAAGAGAAGUGUUAUUGUGCUAUGGGGUGAGAACAAUAUAAGGGGCUUUGAUAAGUGCUAGUUUAGCUGUUCUAAUUUCUAUAGUUUAUGGUGGUUUUAUUAUCAGAACACUUAUUAGUGGUGGUGGUGGUUGUUUUCUUAAUGUAAUUUGUGUUAAAAAUAAGUAACAAACUAAAUGCAAGAAUAUUGGUUGGGUUUUUCCACCCAGCUAGUGAAUAUUGGUGAUAUUUCUCACAUUGUGUACCUGGUUUGGACCAUUUUCUCUUCUUUCAUAGUUACUGCUUGAGUCCCUGGUUACUCAAGUUACAUUGGUGCAUAUGUAACGGUUUGCAAAAAAAAAAGAAAAAAGCAGAGAGAGAUCUCAACUCUGGCCUCCAGCUGUUAAUAGCUUACAGCACCCAUAAUGCUUUGAACUUUAUAAUGGCCAGAGAACCAUGGGAGCUGUAGGUCAUGAACAUCUGUGGGACUGAUUCUUCAAAUUCUGCAAACAUUAUUGUUAAGAUACAGAAAAUAUCCUAUUGGCAUUAUUCUAUAUGCUUCCCCUCCCCCCCAAAUAAAUGUUCAAAGAGCAUUUUAAAAGCAGUUUUACAUGCCUCAAUCCAGCUCCGGGCAAAGCUGCUUGGCACGCCACGUCUGACGUCACUGGAUCUGUGCCGAGGACCAAUCAAAGGCUUUUCAUAAAGAAUCUUUUGAUUGGAGAAUUUAAAGGGCUUGGCAUCCGCGCACUCGGAGGUGGGAAAGGGAGGCAGGGCGCGGAUUCAAAAAUAAAAAAUUACGGAUGCUAUUGAGAGGUAGGAGGGCUUCCCUCUGUGUGAGUGGAAUGGCGGGAGGGAGGUAAGACAAGAGAAGUAGUCAUGGUGGUUGGGUUAACCUUUAAAAAAUAACUUAUAGAAAAUAGUCACUUCAUUAUUAAAACAAAGUUAAAUGUAUCUUAUGCAAUGGCAUUUAUUACAUAUACUUAUUUAUGUUGACUACAUCUCUCUGUAAGCCUCUGUAUUUAAUGAGCACUCAGUAGAGGAACUCCACUUGGGGAAUUUGAUGGGAUGAUUCAAAGAGAGAUUUCAGCUGAUUAGGCACCACGCAGCGUUUCACCCUCGUGAUAAAUCCUAGAUAAGUUAAAUUAAAAAUGUUUACAUUUAUAUAUAUAUUUCCUUUUCUUACAUAUCUUGGAUUAGCAAGUUUACACAACUGCUGUUAAUCUGCCAGUUAUU